UGGGGCUGGCACGUUCAACAGAGUCUGCAGCCCAGAGGGAGAAGGGCUUUGCUGGAGGGUCAGGCAGCAGCGGCUUGCAGCUGAGCUGCAGGGCAGAAGUGUGGAAAGGGGCCAGGCAGACGCAGCUCAGGGAGUGGCUGGAGGCUUCAGCUAACCAGAGCUCACAGCUGGGCAACCUUCCUUUCCUGAAGGGGGAUCCGAGCAGAGUCUUCCAUCUGCCACCUUGCAUCUGGUCCUGGAGGCUUGGCAGCCUGAGCGGGAGCCAUCAGCAUGAACGGGCAGUGGCUUCCAGCCGCUGGGCUUCUCCUGGCUGCUGUCCUGGUGGUCUCGGCUUCCGCCCUGCCCCGUCUUCCUCCUCACAAAGACCUGGGUCCGUCUCCCUUGGCUUCUGGCCCAUCUGCUUUGCAAGGGGACAGCAAGAAGAUAGUCCUCCCAUCAUUAAACGCCUUGGUGACAGUCCUCGCUGGAGUCUUUCCCUCAGCCAAGAGGCCAGGGGAGGCUCCUGGCAGGAAGGCAGGAGCCCUUUUUCCAGAGGCACCUGGGGACCAGCAGACUCUUCUAGGCUCGCUCCUGGACUUGCCUCUCCACUCAGACCAGCCUGCCCCUUUGGGAACCAGUGGGGUCUCAGGCAGGGCCACACCCAGACCAGCUCCAUCAGCAGUGGCUGAGCCUGCAGCCCACAGGGCCCCUGAGUCCCAGCCAGUGUCCUACGUGGCUGGACCUGGAGAGGAGAUCUUGGUCACCGGGUCUCCAGAGAUAGCUGCCACGUCACCAUCGCAGGCUUCUCCACAACCUCUGGCCUGGCCCGUGGGCAGGCACACCUUCAGCCCCAAUGCUUGGGUGCCAUCUGCAUCAGGGGCCAGCAACUUCAGCCCAGGGACCGCCCCACUUCUGACAUUGGCUCCAAAGGCCCCAGAGAAGGCCGUGUCCUCAGCACCCCAGGGCCCACUUGCGUUUACAUCGAUCAGUAACACAUUGGCUGCCACAGAGCCUCUUCUCCCUGUAGCAACAGUAUGGUCAGGGCCGGACACGGCCCCCACAGCGCUCACAGUGGGCUCAGGCUCACCCAGAAGUGGUCUGGCGUCCAGUCUGGGUCCAGCACCCAGUGGUCCUUCAAUGUUGCCAUUGCCCUCAGCGGUACCCUCUCCACAGUCGUCAUCAGCAUCACUGCCACUGUCGUCCCCACCCUCAUCCCCGUCACCUGCACUAACGUCACCAUCACCAGUCCUGGCCCCAGUUUCCCCCUUCACCACCGGAGCCAGAACCUCUCCAGAGAUGCUUCUGCAUCUGAGCUCCCACCUACAACCUCAGGCCUUAUCUUCAGUGUUUCCAGCGUCCCACCUGCCCUGCCACCUCUGGUGGUUACAGGGAUGGCUGCUCUUCCAUGGACAGUCCAGCCUGGGCCGGUGGUCCCUGCCAACGCAGCCCCCUUGACCACCCGCUCCCUCGGAUGUGUCUCUGGCCUUCCCGCCGGCUGCCCGAGCGUCCCUGGAGGUGCCGCCUCCUCCCAGUCGUCUUUCCUGCCUCACCCUGGCCAAGCUGUCUCAUUGCAGGACUCAGGCUCCCCCUCCCCAGGACCCAGUCGUGUGACUCACUCUGUGACCUUCAGGAUCACCAAUGAAGCCUUCUCAGCGGCAUUCGGGAACCCUGCCUCCCUGGAGUACCAGCUGCUGAGUGAAAACAUCCGACAUCAGCUCCAGUCUGUCUAUCACGAGGCCUUCUCCAGCUUUGAGGGUGUCGGUGUCCUGCUCUUUAGGCCUGACUCUGCAGCUGUGAAUGCCUCCCUUGUGUUUGGGGGCCUCGCCCCGGGCCCCUCUGCCCGUGAAGUCCUCUGGACUCUGUACCGCAAAGUGAAGGCCGCAGGGAAGAUGUUGGGGAACCUGUCCCUGGAUGAGAGCAGCCUCGCCUCUGAUGGGUCCAACCUGACCGACCUGGCCCUGGAGACCACCAGCAUCCAUCUCACGGCCAUGAGGCCCUUCCAGCCCCCGCUCCUCCUGCCUGGCUCUGCCCCCUUUGUCCUGCUGGAAAAGACGAUCCUCCGACAGGUCACACCCGUGCUGUCAGGAUUCUAUACAGCGCGUCCCCAGGAAGAGCCCCUGCUCCUCUUCAGUAAUGCGGGCCAGUGGGUGGGCGUUUACAUCGAAUACAAGUUCCAGACCCCCAUCGGUACCCACCUCCCAGGCUUGGCCAAUCACCUGGCCCGGAACAUAAUGGAUCCUGCUGUCCAGAAAUCCAGCAUCAUGGCCAAUGCGGGGAAAGCAGAGCUGGUGCAGUAUGAAGUGUGGCUGCAGAUCCUGGACCAACCCCUCACCAAGGGCUUGCGGGACAAAAGCAGCCCUAAGUCCCAGAAACUUCGGGGGAUGCUGAUGAGAUGGGUGAAGUGGGGGCGGGGGGAGAGAAGGGAGGAGCAGGAGGCUGCAGUACAGCUGUGA